AUGUUGCUCUAUCGAAUUUGGGAAAAGAUCAAUUCACUCGUAACGAGAAAGAAGGCCACCCCCUUCCCACUCGAUCGGGUACCGAUCGAGCUCUGGUGGCAUAUCUUAAUAGAGAUUCAUGGACUGGACAGCAGGGAUCGUCUCAAGACCCUCAGCUCCCUCUAUCGCACCAACUUUCAAUGGCGUAGAAUACUCCGUCAGAAUGCUCAAGAAACCCUAAGCUCGCCACGGUUCAAGGAGCUGAUUCUGCCACCUUGGAUGAAAAGCAUCAAUCCAAACGAUCCUUUGAGGGAGUCAACAUGGCGAUUAGAAAAUUUUCAAGCGUACAUGGAGAGUAUUCGUCAGCUGCCCCGGGAACAUCGAGAUCUGGCAGUAUUCCUUACAGUGCCUUCGCACCCCAUCGGUUUUUGCUGGGACUGGCGCAUUCAGGCUUAUCGAACCAUCAUUCUGAACGACCCUUCAUGCCGCCAGUAUCACAGACCAGCUCGUGGCACUCAGUCGAUAGAGCUUUGCAGGCACAUACUCAAGCAUUAUGUCGUUAUACUAUCCCUCAUGAGCGACUUCGUGGAGGUAGAAUUCCUUCAGCAGGAGAACUUGAUCAUAUUAUGGUGGAAUGAUCGCAAAGACAUUAAGUAUAAGACUUCUGUCUCGAGCUGGAAUAAUUUCAAGCAACGCUUGCCACCUCUAUGGCUUUACCUUUUGAUCUGGGCGCUCCUUUGCCUCAUGACCAUAAUCUUUGACGCAUAUCUCUAUCCGAACAACAAAAGACUACUAGUCCACGACUUACAAGCGAUCUUAUUCGCCAACGGCGACUUUAGUCAAGUCGACCCAGACCAGCCAGGACCGCAGAAUGGAGCUGUGACGAGACCUGUCCCUUUUUAA